AUGCCAGAACACGAUGCUCUUAUUCUAUCAUUCUCACAUUUACCGGAUUUUCCGCGCGCUCCCGAUGCUCUCCAAACGCUGAAGAAGGUGGCCUCCUUGGUCAAGCCCAUCAUGCGAGUUAGAGGGUGGAAGGUGCGAGAGCUAGCUGAGUUUUAUCCAGAUCAAGCAAACCUCCUCGAGCACGUAGUUGAUACGAUGCUUCACGAACUUUCACACAUUGUAUUUGGACCACACGAUGGCAACUUCCAUGCGCUAUGGAACCAACUUCGAGACGAACACGAGUCGCUUAUUCGAAAGGGAUAUACGGGUGAAGGAUUCUUAUCAGAUGGACAUCGCCUGGGAGGCGGCCGGAUACCUAUGCAUGAAGCUAGACGACUUGCUAGAGCAUCAGCUGAAAAGCGUCGCACCCUGACAAAGGGGUCAGGCCAGCGCCUUGGUGGCUCUAGACCCAGCAUCGGUUCAGAUAUCCGGCGAACCAUCGUGGGCGCAAUAGAGCGCAGAAACACCACGCUGCAGGGAUGCGGUAAUACGAAUCACAAUGAUAGGGAGAUUCAACAAAUCUCCGAGACAGCUACGAAGAACGGCUUCCGUACGCAGGCCGAAGAAGACGCGGCUAAUGAAGCUGCAAUUGCGCAAGCUCUCUGGGAACUGGUACAAGAAGAAGAGCGCCAACGGACCAGGAACGAGACCUCCAUCAAUACCAAGGCCAGAGACUCGGCCACCAGUUGUGUCUGCGCCGGUGCCCCUCCCAGCUCCGCAACGGGGCUGGACAUGCGGAGUCUUUACCCUCCAUAA